GUGGCGUUCGGGAACACUGCGACGGCUGAACCUGUCAGCGGAUCCAAAAAGACGGGGAGAGAAAUUUGUGUCAUGGGGCAUCACAGUACCGCCGGGAACCCCUUGGCGUGCCUGGUGCUGAUGGCGGUAGCUCUUCUCGUGGUGCGCGGCGCAGAGGGGUUGGCGGUCCGCAGGCAGGAGGGAGAUCACCUCCCCGUCGCGAAGCCCGCGUCGUACUCGUACGCGACGACAGACGACCAGGGACUUGCCCCGAGGUCGCAGAGGAACAGCAGGAGGCCGCCGCACGCCACCCACCACGCCGAGGAGGCCAAAGUGGCGACCCACCAGACCGCCAUCCACCACGGGGGAGCCGCUGGGAGGAGGCGCCUGGAGACGUACCCCAGUCACCAGAAGGCGGGUCCGAAUCACAGGAGGUCCCAGGUCUCCCGGUACGAGAGACCGCAGAUAUCCGAGUCCCAAACGGUGGAGCGCAAGGAGACGACACACCGCAGACCCGCUUAUGCUGACACUCCGCUGGAGAGGACCGAGAAGAAAUCGGCCAAAUACUCUCGGACCUCCUACGACGAGCCCCGUGUUUCGAAGCCCAGAAGAAAGGCCGGUGCACGGAAACAUAACUUCGCUGACGAUGAGCCAGCCAGUUUCCCAUCUCACCAUGAGGUUCGGAAAACCCCGGUACCACAAGAGCACUACGAGGAGACCCCGCGCAGCCUGCCAUCCCACCGUGUAGAGCACAAGGCACCGGUGGAGCACGCGCCUUCUUACGAGGAAGUAGAAGAACAGGACGAAGGUGCCCAACACCACUCUUCCCAUGUGGUGGAGCACAAGGUGUUGGCCGUACCGGAAGAAGAUCACUACCACACGAGCAGCGAGGCGGUGAAGAGCCCAUCGCCGUUCAAGGCGCGCCACGCGGAAGACCAGAAGCCGUCGGCGUCUGGCGACCACAAGAAGGGUCACCACGGCCACCACAACGAGAAGCACGAAGAAGGCGGCGGUCACAAGCACCACGCCGACCACCACGACGAGAAAGGCCACAAGGGCCACAAGGGCUACAAGGGCUACCACGGGCACGAGGAAGGCGAGAAGGGCCACCACGACAAGGAGCACCACAAGAAGCACUACGAAGAAGACGGCGGCGAAAAGCACAAGCACCACCACGAGGACGGCCACUACGGCGAGCACCACCACGAAGAGGAAGGCAAGAAGGGAGCCAAGUACGGCGAGGAAGGAGAGCACAAGAAGGGACACAGCACCAAGGGGGAGCACAACGUGCACAAGAAGGACGAGUACGAGAAGAAGCACGAGUUCUACGACGAGCACCACGAGGGAGGGGACCACGAGAAGCACGGGGAGUACUCCGGUGAGCACGAACACCACGAAGGAGGGCACGAGAAGAAGGGACACCGCCACGGUGAACACCACGAGGAGCACCACGGCAAGAAGGGCCACCACGAGAAGGGACACCACGAACACGACCACAAGGGCCACAAGGAGCACAAGGGCCACGAGGAGCACCACGACCACCACGAGGAGCACAGCAAGAAGGGGGGAGACGAAGACGGCAAGAAGUGGGGCUACAAGAAGUCCGACAAGGGAAAGCGGCGCUAGUAAGUCCUGCAACCGCAUCGCCACCUGUGAUCACGAAGUCCGUGUGGCUAUCGUAGCCACUGUCUAAGUAAACUUUGGCUUAGAGUUACUACCAUCAAAAUAUCCUAAAAGGUAAACGGAGUUUCGGUGGUUUAUGAUGGCACCAUCUUCAGGGUUGAAUCACUUGUUGCUGUAUAUAUCCACAAAAAAAAAUAUUCAGAAAAAUAAUACUUGUGUAUAAGGCAUGUGAGUAUUUAGAUUAAUAUUUAUUCUUAUCGGAAACAAAUUAUAUAAACAAAGUAAACCUUUUAUAUGAAUUAUGUCCUUUCGGGUAGGAAAGCGACUUAUGCGUUAGAAAAAAAAAUUGUUUGAGUUGAUAUUUACAGUUAUAUACUUUGGCCUUUCUGACAAUGAUGUUGAUGCUUUGAAGAUGGCGGUCCAAAUGUCGGUUAUCUGCAGAUCAUAAGCAUGCGUGAACUUGGAAACCCUGAAUUUACGCGUGGAUAAAACUAAGUCUUCCCUGAAAGAAUUAAAUUAAUUUCCCCAAGGCUGAGGCAAGGUAAUAAAACGCAGUUUAGCUGAACGAAGUGUUUACGUAAAUGUCAGUCUAUCCCCAAGUUAUUCUUCAGAACGUAAUAUACCGGUUGGAUAAAAUUGUGCUUAUCAAAUAGUGCAAAACCAAUGUUUAACCUACUGCAAAAUAUAUAUUGUAAUAUGAGCAGAAAUCUGUGAUAAUAAUCAUCUAAUAACUCUGUCAUUCCAUCACCAGAAAUUAUUUUUUUGUGUCAGAUAGACAUUUAAUAUCCCUGUAUGUAAUUUAAUGACGUUACUAUAAUAAUAAUUUCCAAGGUAAAAACAAUUUUCUUUCUCAGGUAUUAUUGGCAGAAAUGUAUUUUUUCAAAAUGUUGUAUUCAUGUGUAAGCGCUGCAGAUACAAUUUAUGUGAUACUGAGAAGGUAAUAUUUUGUAAUACCUUUUUGUACCCAUGCAUCUUUCACAAAUAAUAGAAUUUCUUCAGAUGGAUCUCAAUAGUAGAUAACCAAUUCAUAAGUUAAGGGAGUAGGCUAGCUUAAAUAUUUUUAUGAGAUCUGUAACAAAUAAAUAAUAAUUUUGAAAAUUAGUUAAUAUUUUAGAAAAGAACUCACUGUUUCAAUAUGCACUUUUUAGUAAUGUUUUUACUUACCUACGUCAAUCAUAGACUAAUUGGUACAUUUAGAAAACUAUUUGUAUAAAAUAUUCCCAUUGAUAUUUUUUACGUUUAUUUAUGUGUAAUUUGAAAAAAAAACUCACUGUCAGUUUUCUGACGAACAUGGUGCUUCAAAGUUCCUUAAUCCUAAAUCGACUCAUGCUGUAUAUAUUGUGCAAAAAUGUUGUUAGAAUCUAUUUUCAAGCUUUUAAAUAACAAUAUAAUUCUAAUUUUUCGUUAAGUUUUGGCAAUUUUUCAUACAAUAAAUAGGUACUGAAUUUAGUUCAACAUAUUCUGAUUAAUAUCAUCAUAAAUAAAAUCUCUUAUGGGUCUUAUGGUAUUUCUAAAUUGUUUAAAAUUACUUGUAUAACUUCAAGAAAAUAUAUUUAUGAUAUUUAGCAUAGCUAAAGUAAUGAGCAUAUUCUGAAAAUAUGUUUAAUAUUUAUUUAUCAAUGUACGCAAAAUAAAAUAUUUAUUUGUAUUAUUAAAACUUUAAUUU